GGAGGGAGCCGGGCUGCGGUGAUGAGCUUGGGCAGAGGGCAGGGGGCUCAGCUGCCGAGGGACGGUCGUGUCUCAGAAGGGAGUGGUGGAGGCUGUGAUCCGAUGUGAUGUGAUGUGAUGGAGGAGCCGGUCCUGCCAUAAUCUGCUCACGUGACCGCGGCGGGGCCGGGAUCCCGGGAUCCCGGGAAGACACAAGGAUCCAGGUUGUAGCCGGACACGUUCGGCGGGCUCGGGCUGAAUCGGGGGGCUGCAGGUGCGGGCAGCCCCCGCAUGUGGAAAGGUUUGGAAGAGGAUAAAAAAUUGGGCUCCGGGAUGUCAGAAGUGGCGCAAGAUGCCAAACCCAAGCCCGCUGUGCCCAUGAAACCAUCGGCGAUGGGCUCCCAGCUGCUGGGCUACGUCGGAAUCGACACCAUCAUUGAGCAAAUGCGACGGAAGACCAUGAAGACAGGAUUCGAUUUUAAUAUCAUGGUCGUGGGGCAGAGUGGCUUGGGAAAGUCAACCCUGGUGAACACCCUAUUUAAAUCACAAGUCAGUCGGAAAUCCUGCAGUAGAAAUCGAGAUGAGAAAGUCCCGAAAACUGUGGAGAUCAAAACAGUUGGACACGUCAUCGAGGAGAAGGGGGUGAAGAUGAAGCUGACAGUUAUCGACACACCUGGAUUUGGAGAUCAGAUCAACAAUGAUAACUGCUGGGAGCCAAUCGAGAAGUACAUCAGUGAACAGUACGAGAAGUUCCUGAAGGAGGAGGCGAACAUCUCCAGGAAGAAACGUAUUCCCGACACCCGCGUGCACUGCUGCCUCUACUUCAUCUCCCCCACUGGACACUCGCUGCGACCCCUGGACGUCGAGUUCAUGAAGCGCCUGGGAAAAAUAAUGAACAUCAUUCCGGUCAUUGCGAAGGCGGACACCAUGACCCUGGAGGAGAGGCACGAUUUCAAACUGAGGGUCCGGAAAGAGCUGGAGGCCAACAACAUUGAGUUCUACCCGCAGAGAGAAUUUGAUGAAGACAUGGAGGAUAAGAUAGAGAACGACAAGAUCAGGGAGACCAUGCCAUUUGCCAUUGUUGGCAGUGACACCGAAUAUCAAAUAAAUGGGAAAAGAGUCUUGGGAAGGAAAACUCCCUGGGGGAUCAUCGAGGUUGAGAACGUCACUCACUGCGAGUUUCCUCUUCUCCGGGACCUCAUUGUCAGGACCCACCUCCAGGAUCUCAAGGAGGUGACCCACAACAUUUUCUACGAGACUUACCGGGCCAAGCGGCUGAACGAAAACGGAAAUCUUGCCAACGACACGGAAGAGGUGCACGAAAGUAACCUCUGAACCCAUGGAGACAAAGCGAGUCCUCUGCCCCACAACCGUGUGUAAAAUCUAACUUUUAUAAAAGGUGAAUUGUAGAGGUACAAAGCAAAGACAAACCUAUCACCGAAAAAGAGUGGAGCCCUUUAAAGAUCUGCCCUCACUCACUUCCGGAGUGUUAUUUUAAGAAUGAACUUAAUGCAUAUUGAAUAGUUUAUUUAAUGUUAAUCUUCCAAUAUCUGUAAAUGAGUUUGAGUAAGCCCGCAGGACUGACAAUACUAUCCCCUCUCAGUGGGUUUUCCCACCUUUUGCUUUGUGAGGAAGACCCGACACACAUAGACAGGUGUCAGUCUCUGUCUGUGUUCCUCCUUCCUCAUGGUCAGUUGAAAGGAUGCACAGUUGAGCCAAGGUUCACACUGGAGUCUUGAACUGAAGGUCAUAGAUACAGUUCCCUCUCACCCAGUGUGAGAAUCCAGAUUGUUGAACUGUGUUGGGCAUCACAGCCGAUGCCGUAGCUCCUCUCACUGCUGUUCACACACGUUUCCCAGCACAAGUUUGUUAGUGAUGAGGAGCUGAUGAAUUAAAUUCCUGCACAUGUUCCCUAGCCCAGGGAUACAGAGCUGCCAGCUCCUGGUGUCCAAGCUGAGACCAACUGAGACAGAGUUUAACUGUAAACUCUGUUGUAUACGCCACACUGAUAUAUAACCUUUUGGGGACUUGAAUUUUAAGGAAAGAACUUCCUUGGGUUUAAAGUACAUUUUCUGGCUUUUCCCUAUAAGCCUCAAUGAAAACUUCAGUCAAAUUCAACUUUUGAAACUGCAUUUAUUCCAUUAAAUAGUCAGUAUUAAGUUUUACAGUUUCAGUGCUUCAAGUUUAGUAAAAUGUGAACAAACAUUAAAAUAUUGUCAGCACCAAAGUGGGAUUUUGAAAAUUAAAUGUCAAGCACCACCAACAUCCCCACCAGCUCCUUCUAAAACUACCCAAAAGGUAGACUGAGCUCAGUUGUUACAGUAAGGCAGGGUCCUUCCUGGGAGGGGUUUGUGUGUGGAUUGCAGUCCCACCCUGAGCAGUGUGUGUACUCACCAAACCAGCAGGAGAAUGAGGCAGGGAGAAGUAUUCAAUGUUCAUCAGUGGAACCCAGUUGCAGUUAAGGAGUAGAUCUCAUGAAUUAGUGCUUGCAAAGCAGGAUGUGGCGUGGCAGGAUUUCAACGAGAGACCUCCCAUCCACUCAAAGGGAAAGGAGGCUGAGUGGCAAUGGAAGGUUCCACUCCCCCUGAAGUCAGGGCAACAGCUGGUGAACUACUAUCCGAAAACCUCCAAUGUUUUUCUUUGGUUUGUGGUAACUUAACGAGAGGCACCAGUGCAAUGAGGUAAACAACAUAUUUGCCAGACCACGCAGUAGGGUCUCUUUCUACCGCACAUGCAUUCAGGUACCCCACCGACCCUUCACCCCUUUGCCUGGUACCCACUGCCAAACCCCACCAUCCCACACUGCCACAAUACCUCCAUCCCCACUCCUACCACAAUGCCCCACUCUCCAUCUACCCACUCCCGAACAACCACAACCUCCAGCGCUUUAUCGUCCCCAACUCAAAACCUCUUCUCAAGCCCCUCCGCCUGCCUUCUCCAACCCUUCACCCUCAACGCCUGCCAGCCAACCUCCAACGCCAAUCCCUUCCGCAUCAACCCCUCCCCAACCUCCAACCCCAAUCCCUACCGCAUCAACCCCUCCUAACCUCCAAUCCCAAUCCCUGCCACAUCAACCCCAAUCCCUACUGCAUCAACCCCUUCCCAACAUCCAACCCCAAUCCCUACCACAUCAACCCCUCCCCAACCUCCAACCCCAAUCCCUACCGCAUCAACCCCUCCCAACCUCCAACCCCAAUCCCUGCCACAUCAACCCCAAUCCCUGUCACAUCAACCCCAAUCCUUACCGCAUCAACCCCUUCCCAACAUCCAACCCCAAUCCCUACCACAUCAACCCCUCCCCAACCUCCAACUCCAAUCCCUACCACAUCAACCCCUUCCCAACCUCCAACCGCAAUCUCUACCGCAUCAACCCCUCCCCAACCUCCAACCCCAAUCCCUGCCACAGCAACCCCUUCCCCAAACUCAACCUUCCCAAUCCUUACCACACCGACCCCCUCCCCUUCCCCUACCCCAACCCCUCUCCAUCCCCAUUCCCGACUGUUGCUUCCCGGCACUGUGGCUGCCACGGGGCACCUCUGCAGUGCCUACUCCCGCCCAGUGCGACUGCCACCUCCAUUCAGCUUGGUUCUGAAAUAGCCAUUGCUUGCUCGCACUUAGUGUUCACCGUGCUGCAUGUUCUGGAAUGUUCUUAGCAACAACUAUAGGGUAAAUCAAGCCAGUCACGGGCGCUUGUGAGUGAUGUGUGUAUUGAGUGGUGUGAAUAAGUGUCACCUUUCCUUUACUCCUUCCUCUGAGAAAUCGUUCAUGACGCAGCGGCCUCAAGUCCUGUACCUCGGGUCCUGGGCCAGGGAGUUGCCGAUUUUCAUUCCUAUCUUCUCCGUUACUCUCCUUGAAGGUGUUUUUCAUGUUGUCAUUUCUCAUCCUCCACCUCAGCAACUUGGAAUAUCACAGCUCAGUCCGAUGCUGUUGUCCACGUGAUAUCCCAUGCAGACUCAUGUUUGUCCCGGGAUCUGUGACCCCACAGAUUCCCUCUCUCUGGAUGAAGCUGUGUGUGGUUGCAGAGACUCAGUGAAGACUGGGGAUUGGACAUUUAAUGGCUUCUUGUGUUGGCUCAGAACCAUGACCAGAGAAAUCCAGAUGGGAUGAGGAGGAAUCAUUCCUAUUUUUACAGCAGUUAAUUUGUUUGUCUCCAGACUUGACUCCUUUCCCUCCAGUUCUGUUUGAAGUAGACGGGAAGGUGAAUUGCUGGCACCAACUUCCUAGAAGGAGGUGGGGCCAAGGGCUCAUAAGUGGCAAUGGAUAUUGGUCACAUGAUUCUUGAUUGAGGUCAAUAACAUUUCCAAUAUUAGGUGGCUUCCAGUUCCGAUCUCUCUUCUAGUGAGCCUUCAAGUAACGGGAAUUUCUGGUUAAGUUCCACUAACGUUCGGGAGAUUGAUGACACUGUGCAGGAGGUAGAGAGAUAACAGAGGCCUUGACGAAUGGUGUCACACUUAGACAAUCGACACAAAUAGAAGGACCAAUCAGUUCACUGCCAGAUCUUCCCACUUUCUGCAUUUUGCAAAAUGAAAGUUUGCAAUAGUUGUCACUGAGCUUUGGGGAAACACGGAAAUCUUCCAAUGGCAACAAUGUUUGUGGCUUAAUUGGUCACUGUAAACUGCCUCAUAAACUGAGUGGUAGAAUCUGAGGGGAGUUGAAGGGACUGUGGGGAGAAUAUCAUGGGGUUAGUGUCAGAUUAAUGUGAAUGGGUGCUUGAUGGUCAGCAUGGACUUGGUGGGCCGAAGGGCCGGUUUCUGUGCUGUGUGACUCACCUGGUUCUGACCCAAACACGCUGACCUGGUAGUAAUUUGUUACACUGCACUUCAUCUGCAAAUCACUUGAUGAGCGAGAGAGAUUAAAGACUUUUUUUAGAUGUUGUACCUGUAGGUUGUAAAUAUUACAUAACAUUGAAUGACAUUGGGUCCAACCAAAUCAUUUAGUUUCACAUGCCGCCUCCUGCCACUUCCCUCCAACUCAUCCCAUCAACACCUCUCUAUUACUUUCUGCUUCAUGUUCUAAUCCAGCUCCCCUACAGUGCACCUACACUGUUUGCCUCAGUCACUCCUUGUGGUCGCAGCUUCCACAUUCUCCCACUCUGCAAAGUCUCUGAUGUUGUAGACUGCUAGACCGAGUAGGGAGAAAGCUUCUAACGUUUUGUCAAGGACCGUCCUCUCACCCGUAGCUUUACUUGUACAGCAGUUUUUGGGUUUAGAGUGAUUUGGCCAGAAAUUUUUUGUCAUAGAAUCAUAGAAAUGUACAGCACAGAAACAGGCCCUUCAGCGCACCUCGCCCAUGCGCACUGUGAUGCCCAUCUACACCAAUCCCAUUUGCCCACAUUAGACCCGCAUCCCUCAGAGCCUGUUCAAAUGCUGUAGUUGUAUCUGCCUCUCCCACCUCCUCUGGCAGCUCGUUCCAGAUAUUCCCCUCCCUUUGUGUGAAACACAUACCCUCUAAAUUUCUCCCUCUCACCUUAAACGUGGUUCUAGACUCCCCUGCCCUGGGAAAAGGAUUUUGAUUAAUUAUCCUAUCUGUGCCCCUCAUAAGGUCACCCCUUAGCCUCCUACAUUUUAGUGAGAAUAAACCCAGCCUUUCCAAUCUCUCCUUAUAACUACAGCCCUCCAUUCUGGGAAACAUCUGUGAAUCUCUCCUGCACUCUCCCUCUUCCCAACAUGUCCUUCCUGUAGUGUGGCAACCAGAACUGUACACAGUACUCCCUAGGUGCAGUCUAACCAAUAACAGCUGCAACAUAACAUCCUAACUCUUACACUCAAUGCUUUGGUCUGUGAAGGCACGUAUACUACAUGCCUUUUUCAUCACCCUGAGUCGCCACUUUUAGGGAGUCAUGGACUUGCAUCCCAAGGUCUCUCUAUACAUCAGUGCACCAUUUACUCAACAUUCCUAAGAUACCUGGCAUUUUCUUCUUAUGACUUUUCCAAUGUUUAUUUAAUAGGUUUAGUAUAGUUGGGACAGUCUUGGAAAGGGUCCAAUGAUAUUGAGGUAAGGAAUAGUUAUCUUCUUGGGAGGUAUCUUUGGUGUCACUCUAGGGAUAGAAGAAGUGGCUUCUUCAGGGAGGGCAGUUCUGGUGAGUGACCUGCAGGGGAAAUGAUCCAAAUCUUGAGAAGGAUCAAGAAGCAGCAGUUUCAGAGGAGAGUUGGGGCUUGGGGUGGCCUUGGGUUGUCUUCAGGUGUUGGGAGCACAAGCCAUUCUUAAAGCAAUUAGAAGUGGUCCUGAUGAUAUGAACUGUCCUGUGCCAGUGAAGUACUGGACAAUGUGAGAAACAUUCAGUUUUUAGAGUCCUAAUGUCUGAGCAAAGAAUUUCUGGUCCAUUACAUGCUGACCUGGAUAAGGCAUCGCCACAAAGUGAGGCAUUUCUAUAUGGACUGGACUGGAAGAAACAUGUUGGACGGCACUGAAGAAUGAGAUUUAUGGAGGUCAUUGGGUGCCACAGUGGCGCAACAGCCCUGGUUCAAUCCUGACCUCUGCUGCUGUCUGUGUGCAGUUCAUAUAUUCUCCCUGUGACUGUGUUCUGGUUUCCUCCCACAUCCGUGGGUCGGUAGGUUAAUUGGCCCUAGUGUGUGGUAGAAUCUGGGGGGAGUCGAAGGGGCAGUGGGGAGAGUAAAGAUGGUUGGGUUAGCAUCAGUGUAAAUGGGUGUUUGAUGGUCAGCAUGGACUUGAUGGUUGAAGAGCCUGUUUAGUGCUGCGACAAAUUAAUUCUGAAUCUGUCUUCACAGAAACUAUGAACUAUAUUUCCACAGUUUUCUGAUUUUAUUUCUGAUUUCCGGCGUUUUGCUUUUGUUUCUUCUCUCUGCUCUGUAAUUGCUUAAAUUAUAACUUCCUUCAAAGCGGCAAUCUCCCCUUGAGAUAUUCUCCUCCCUCGCCUUUCCAGAUCGCAUGUCACGCCAUGCUGUAUAGCCACCUCACACCCCAAGGUUAGAGGGAGAACCUUUACACCAAUCCCCUCCUCUGCUCUGUGGCCUGCCGUGAGCCCCUACUUCUGCCUUACCACUGGCAGCCACGCUCUUAGCCACUGAUGCCCAUCCCCUCUCCUUCCACUCUCCCCUCCACUCAGAAAACCCUCCCUCAAACCCCCAUCCUCAACCAAGCUUAUUAUCUCCUUCCCAUUAAUUCUUCCUUUGACUCCAGUUCUGAUUUUCCUUGUGUGAAAGCUUUACUACAUGAAUGAUACUUUAUUAAUGCAAAUAUUAAUUAAUGGAUCCUCAGGUGGGCACGAAACACAGUGGUGAAGUUAAAACAUAGAUUAACCCUUUCGCCAAAAUGAAAUUUUCAUUCAUGCUUAAAUUUUUUUGAGUUAAUAAAUCAGAAAAUAGAUGGAAGUACUUGUUUUGUUUCCCUCCCAGGUCAAGGUGAUAUUCAAGAUGAAAAUAGUGAAGCCAAGCUGUGCACAUGUUCUAACCAGGUACAGGUGGUAGUUAAUACUGUGUCUGAAUUAAGUGAUUGGAAGUGCUGAGAGAGGUGAAAGUGGGGAUGUGAUACAGUAGUGGAACAGGGUGAUAUCGAGGUGGGAAGGAGGGAGGUGGAACGGAAUGAGGCAAUGUUGGAGAUGGGAGUAAAUGAUGUGGGUGGAGGGCAAGUUAUACGGCAGCACAGUUGUGCACAGCUCUGGUCGCCCAGCGAUGGGGAGGGUGUCAUUCAGCUGGAGAGGCUGCAGAACAGAUUCACCACGAUGUUACUGGGACUGGAGGGCUUGAGUUACAAGGAGAGACUGGACAGGCUGGGACUUUUUCCCCUGGAGUGAAGGAGGCUGAGGGGGGACAUAUAGAGGUUUAUAAGGUUCCGCAUGGUAGGCUUCUUCAGAAGGUCAGAGGCCAAGGGAUCCAGGGAGGCUUGGCCAUGUGGAUUCAGAAUUGGCUUGCCUGUUGAAAGCAGAGGGUUGUGCUGGAGGGAGUGCAUUCAGAUUGGAGGGCUGUGACUAGUGGUGUCCCACAGGGAUCGCUUCUGGGACCUCUACUUUUUUUGAUAUUUAUUAAUGACUUAGAUGAGGGGAUGGAAGGCUGGGUUAGCAAGUUUGCAGAUGAUACAAAUAUUGGUUGUGUUGUGGAUAGUGUGGAGGGCUGUCGAAGCUUGCAGAGGGAUAUUGAUGGGAUACAGAGCUGGGCUGACAAGUGGUAGAUGGAGUUCAAUCCAGAGAAGUGUGAGGUGGUACACUUUGGAAGGACAAACUCCAGGGCAGAGUACAAGGUAAAUGGCAGGAUUCUGGGCAGUGUAGAGGAGCAGAGGGAUCUGGGGCUUCAUAUCCACAGAUCACUGAAAGUUGCCUCACAGGUGGAUAGGGUAGUUAAGAAAGCUUAUGGGAUGUUAGCUUUCAUAAGUCGGGGUAUCGAGUUUAAGAGCCACGAAGUAAUGAUGCAGCUUUACAAAACUCUGGUUAGGUCACACUUAGAGUACUGUGUCCAGUUCUGGGCGCCUCAUUAUAGGAAGGAUGUGGAGGCGUUGGAAAGGGUGCGGAGGAGAUUUACCAGGAUGUUGCCUGGAUUAGAGAGUAUGGAAUAUGAGGAGAGACUAAGGGAACUAGGGUUGUUCUCAUUGGAGAGGAGGAGGAUGAGGGGAGACAUGAUAGAGCUAUACAAAAUAUUAAGAGGAAUAGAUAGAGUGGACAGCCAGCGCCUCUUUCCCAGGGCACCAAUACUCAAAACAAGAGGACAUGGCUUUAAGGUAAUGGGUGGGAAGUUCAAGGGAGAUGUCAGAGGGAGGUUUUUCACCCAGAGAGUGGUUGGGACAUGGAAUGCGCUGCCUGGGGUGGUGGUGGAGGCUGAUACAUUGGACAAGUUCAAGUGAUUGUUAGAUAAGCAUAUGGAGGAAUUUAAGUUAGAGGGACAUGUGGGAGGAAGGGGUUAGAUAGUCUUAGGUGUGGUUUGAAGGGCGGCACAACAUGGUGGGCCGAAGGACCUGUAUUGUGCUGUAUUGUUCUCUGGUUCUAUAAAAUCAUGAGGGGUGUAGGUAAGGUGGAUGGCCACAGUCUGUUUCCCAGGGUUGGGGGGGUGGGGGGGGAUCUAAGACUCGAGGACAGAUUUAAGGCAAGAGGGGAAAGAUUUGGAAGGGACCUGAGGGGGUAAGUUUUUCAUGCAGAGGGUGGUGGGUAUAUGGAAUGUGAGAUGAAGCUGUAGAGACGAGUACAAUUACAAUGCUUAAAUGACACAGACAGGUACAUGGAUAGAAGAAGCCUCAAGGGAUAUGGGCCAAACGCAGACCAAUGGAACUAGCCCAGUUAGACAUCGAGGUAGGCAUGGACGAGUUGGGCUGAAGGGCCUGGUUUCGUUCUGCAUGACUCUAUGACAGUUGUGAUAUAUGAAGAGGGUACGGUGUGACUAUAAGGCAGGGCUUGGUGAUGUGGAGCAGUAUGGGUGUGGGACUAUGUUAUGUCAUACAAAAACUAACUGAUAUGCGGCACGGUAGCAUAGCGGUUAGCGCGACGCUAUUACACCGCCAGCGAUCGGGGUUCGAUUCCCGUCGCUGUCUGUAAGGAGUUUGUACCUUCUCCCCGUGUCUGCAUGGGUUUCCUCCGGGUGCUCCGGUUUCCUCCCACAUUGCAAAGAUGUACGGGUAGGUUAAUUUGGGUUUAAAAUGGGCGGCGCGGACUCGUUGGGCUGGAAGGGCCUGUUACCACGCUGUAAAUAAAAUUUUUUAAAAAAUUUAAAAAUGUAAGUGCGCCAGCAACAACACCUGGUGUUCAAAUGGGCAAAAUGUAAAAUAAUCAAGUCAGGCCACACACUUAUGAAGGAUGAUCUCCAUAACUGCAUAGUCUUACCCCUGUAUCACUGUGCAAAGUUGUACAGAGCUAUACAAAGCCAUAGAAGGAGAUAGUAGAAGGAAUGUUCGUGCUAGGUUUUAAGAAAAGUCUAAGAAGGAGGGACGCAGUUAGAGAAUAACCCAGGUCUGAUUCAGCAGUGAGGUAGGACUGAGUUAUGGGGAGGUGGAGGUUGGAGUAAGUGAAAUGCAGGCCUGUGAUAUAGAGGUAGCAUUAAAUGAUAUGGUGGUGAGAUUAUGCAGUUAUGAAGAUCAGGCUUCGUACGUGUAAGGUCUGGCUGUGUACCUGAGGGGCCACAUGUCGAGGCUAUAUUAAGCAAGGCUACACUAAGCAAGGCUACACUGUGUUUGAGAUUGGUAAAAAAAUGUCAGUAAAAAAUGUCGAGGCUAUAGUAAGCAAGGCUAAGAUAUGUUUGAAGUCGGUACAAAGCAUCCAUGGGUGGGGUUUGUGGUUGGUACAAAAGGUUGGUUUGAUGUUGGUAGAAAAUGUCAGUAAAAAAUGUUGAAGUACGUUUGAGGUUGGUACAAAGUGUCCACGGGUGGAACAGCACUAUUUGACCGAUGGAACUCCUCUGCAGGACAUUUCUUCUGGUGGGUAUUUGUCUCACAAGGAUGGGCCUUCAGCUACUUUUGUAUCUGUCUUGUUUUAAUUCAGAUUCCAGGAGUUCAACGUUCACUAGUUGCUUCCCAGUGUUUGCACAUUAAAUCUCAUUUCCUUGAGUUUCACUUUUAUGAAUCUUCCCCUUCAGACACCAACACUAGGGUCUGCUAGUGGAUGCCAACAUGGUAGAAUUUAAAUUGCAAAAGAAAUAUAAAAGGUUCCUUUACGCUCAUGGGCAGUGCAGUACAAUUUCUUCAGAUCUGUCUGUGUUCUUGAAGCCAAUUAUAUGAGAUCUCUUUGUCUUCACCCUUGGGUUCUGAUGAGAUGCUUAUUAAAGCUUCUAAUUGUACAAUCAAUGCCUGAACAGGGUAAAGACAGGAAUCUCAAGUUUUAAACAAUUAGAUGUGUAUUUUCAUUAAGGUAGAUAGUAAAAGAUCGUUCUUCGCACAUUCGUUUCCCUUUAUCAGUAGUAACUAAGAGUGUAAGAUAAGUCAACUUCAAUCUGCUGUGUCCUGAACUACCUGAUCAUCUCGUCUAACCACAAUGGGUUGGGGGAGGCAUCUAGUUUCAUUCAGAGAGUGGCCAGUUUUAAGACUAUGUGAAAUAGGAGCAGGAAUAGGGCAUUCAGCCUGAUGAAUCCUGCGGUCACUCAGUGAGGUUCUGGCCAAACCAGUACUCUGGUUCACUUUCUCACCAGAUUCCUAUGAGUUUAGAUUCCUUCAGUGUCCAAAAAUGUCUCAAUAUCAGUCCUGAGUGGAUUCUAACCGCUCCGGACAGCCAGAUAACAUCCAGAACCGAUUGUCCUCAUCCUCGCGGGAACUGGAAGCUGUGGCGGUAAUUUGAGAAUUCUGCCCAGGAACCUCUGACCUCGAUGGCCUCUCGCCUUCACCAUUCCAACUUGUUGGGACGAGAAAGCAUGUUACUCGUGGCACUAAUCACUGGAGACUGAUGUCCUCCCAUAAAUCAUCAGAAAAUGUAUUCCAGUCAGGAAAAUCCAGCCCGUUCCCAUGAGCCAGAUUAGCUCGUAAACCCUUGUCCUGCAGAAGAUGACUCUAUGGCUGAUUUACAGCAGAGCCACAGUUAAUUGCAUUUUCUCAAGAGCAGAAACAUCAUUAACUUCAGAAAGGUGUCUGUAAAUUGGACUCAGAGCUUCUUUUAUUCAUUUCAAGAUGUUGGCACCACCACAAAACCAGUAUUUUGUUCCCCUGUCCCUGACCACUCCUAAACCUGAGUGGUUUACUGUGGCAACAGUUACAGACAACAGAGUCAGCCGCCUGGUUACCAUGAAAGCAGAUGUCCUUCCCUAACGGACAUCAGUGAACUAAAUGGGGUUUUACAACAAUCCGAUAGUUUCAUAAUCAUCUGACAUCUACAUUCUGGAUUUACUUCAUUAAGUAACUGAAUUUAAAUUCCCUUCAUGCUGUGGUGGGAUUUGAACUCAUGUUCUGGGACCAGUAUCCAGUCCUCUCAAUUAGGAGUUUAGUAACAUUAGCAUUAUGGUGCCCAACCCAAUCCUGUUUCCCACACAAUGGGAUCAAAUGAGAGGUACUUGGGAUUCCUGGGCACUAUCAGAAUUAUCUAGAGACCAGAAACCCCCCUGAGUGUGGAUCAAAAGUGAAAUCAGGGAUGUGUUAAGACAGGAUCAACUCUCAUGUUUGCAUCAGAGACCUGCUGCAUCCACAACAGAACCAGAUUUGUCUGUCUAAACCUCUCGCCCUGCCUGGUAUCGAUACUCACAACUGAAAUCCCAUUCCCUUGUACACUGUGUUCUUAAUUUAAUAUUGUUGACUAUCAUUGAUGUAUUCUCUAGAUAUCAAAAUAUGAAAUUGCCAAGCUUGUGUUCUGAAGAUUCCUGAAAGACACUUAGUAUAUGAAGUAAGAAAUGUUGUACAGUUGUUGUAUGUCCCUGUUUAUUCUUAUUUGUAAAACAAAAUUAUGCAUUUAUCAUGGAUGUGUUUUCAAUGUGGACACAUGUAAUUCCUGUACUGUCAGUGGUAGAGUGAAUUGUCCAGAUAUUGUUUAAGAUCUAUUGACUUUCUGCAAUAAAAUAACACAAAUAAACUGCCACAAAAUCGUU